UGGUAAUGUGAUGAUAUAAAGCAGAGAAAAACAGUAAACUGGCUCAUUUAAGAAUCUUAACCCAGAUGAUUGUUUUUGUUUUGCUUUUAGAUGACAUAACUGAGUAUUAUAGUGUGUAACAUAGUGUACAAUAAUACGAUCUACUUCAGUGAGUUAUUUAAUGGGUUAUCAUAGAUUUAUCUGAAAUCGCUAAUUUAUUUAGUGUUUUCUAAAUGUGUUUAUUAUGUAAAUAAAGAUUUCUCACCAAACUACAAUUAAAGAGCAGCUUUCCACAGGACAGAUUUAAGUCAUCUUAGAGUUCAAACAAAAUUAACUUAUUUUACACACUGGGAGCGCUGGGGUUUUGUUUUAUUUUUUUAAAUUUGCCCCCCUCAUAAAGUGAACUGCUUUGGACCGUCUCGCUUUUCUCUCUGCUCCAAACUUUGAAACCAUGUGGAACCAAAAUGGUACGUUUGCUGCCGGCGAUUCUCUUUUCACUUCCUGUCGGUAGGUACGCACACACGCGCGCCUUGCGUCAUUACGCACUUCCCCUCCUCUAUGAAGUUCCCCCUCUUCUCACCGUCGCGCCGUGACGGGGAUGUUUUGGUGAAAGAAAAUACAGCGUCAAAAGGGGACGUAAACACGUUUAAAACAUGACAUUAAGGCCCAGCGGGACCUAAAGUGGCGUCGUAGGGGAGCGAGAAGGCGUCUUCGGCGAAGCUUUGGGUCCGCCUUUAUGUAUUCCUCCGCAUGUCCGCUUUCUUCGUAGAUGGUGUCCGGCGAGCGUUGUCUGGCGGCGGACGACGAGUUCUUGACGAGUAACAUGAAGGAAAUGAUUGGAGGGUGCUGUGUGUGUUCAGACGAGCGAGGCUGGGCGGAAAACCCGCUGGUGUACUGCGACGGACACGGCUGCAACGUCGCCGUGCAUCAAGCCUGCUAUGGCAUUGUGCAGGUGCCCACUGGUCCUUGGUUUUGCAGAAAGUGUGAAUCUCAGGAGCGAGCAGCCCGCGUGAGGUGCGAGCUCUGUCCCCACAAAGAUGGAGCGCUCAAGAGGACGGACAACGGAGGCUGGGCCCAUGUGGUUUGUGCCCUUUACAUACCUGAGGUGGAGUUUGCUAAUGUGUCAACUAUGGAGCCCAUAGUACUCCAGUCUGUGCCACAUGAGCGCUACAAUAAGACAUGUUAUAUCUGUGAGGACCAGGGGAGAGAGAGUAAAGCAGCCACUGGAGCCUGUAUGACCUGCAACAAACAUGGCUGCAGACAGGCCUUCCAUGUCACAUGUGCCCAGUUUGCAGGAUUGUUAUGUGAGGAACAGGGAUCAGAUGCAGACAAUGUCAAAUACUGUGGAUAUUGCAAAUACCAUCACAGCAAAUUGCGAAGGAGCAGGGGCCGGGGUAGUAGGUCUCAAAGCUUAAGUGACUCUUCCACUCAGUGUAUGGAUAGACCCCCAGACACGGACAAGAAGAAACAUAAGGAGCGAGACCGGCACAAACCGAAACACAAGAAAACCUCCAUGGACAUGUCCCCCUCCCUCAUCCUUCCGAACAUCAUGGUCCCAGAGAAGACCUAUAACAGUGGCAAUUCAGGGGGAGGUGUCUCCUCUCUGCAAGCGUCUUCGCAGAAGCGAUUAGAUGACAGCGCAGCACGUUUUACCAACGCCAACUUUCAGGAAGUGUCGUCUGCUCACUCUGGCAGCAGUUCCAAGGACGCCUUGGCUGCAGACAGCGUCAAGGCUGCGACUGAGGUGAAGAACAAGAAGAACAGCGGUGGAGGUCACACGGUGGGACCGAGGGGUGGCCGCAAGUCUCUCACCUCCUCAGGGAAACCCCUCCCCUCUGCUGUGGUCACCAUGGCAACUUCCUCUACAUCUGCCUCAGCUUCAACUGGGCCUUUCCAUCAAGGCCUCCUGUUGACCAGUGCCAGCAAGACCCCCUCUGCCGCUUCCUCCUCAGACUUCCUAAGUUUCACAGAUUCAUCGUUGCGUCCCGGUGGUGGAAGUACCUUCUCCUCCCCACCGUCUUUCAGCAGCUGCCUUGUGAAGCCAGGCUCAGAGGGUGGAGCUUCAGAGGGAACUACAACUCUCUUUGGUUCUCUUAUGUCUGCAACCACAGCUUCAGCAGUGGGUGGAAAGCUGUAUGAGAAUUCCCACAGUCACACAGUGAGUGAGACAACAAGCCUCGUUGGGUCCACUGGCUACAAACGGCCUCAGCCCUCGAGCUCAGGACUGGGGAUCAGCGGAGCAGCCGCAGGAGGAGGGGAAGAUGGGGUAAAGAAGAAAAAGAAGGGCAACUGGCGAAACAGAUUUGGACCUUGCUUUACCACAGAUGUGAAGCCUUCUGAGCCCGCACCCUCCCUAACUCUCCCCACCACCUCCACCGCCAACACCACCUCCUCCACCGCCUCGCCUUCCUCCUCUUCGUCCUCAAUGCUCUCAGGUCGCCCAUGCUUAGUUUCCAGCAGUGGAUUAGGGGUUGGGGUAGGAGGAGGAUCAGGAGGCGGAGAGAGGGGGCUGGGGGUCAUGGGCGUGAGCGGUGGGAUUCAAAAGUCGCCGUCACUCCUCAGGAAUGGGAGUCUGCAAAGCAACAGCAGCUCUACAACCACUGGGUCAGUUGGGGGCAUUUCGGGCUUCAGCUGGCGAGAGAAGAUAGGGCAAAGAGUGGUGGUUAUGUAUGACUGUGCAUCAUACGUGAGCGCUCUCCCAGGCUCUGUCUUCAACCUGGCCCCCCCCCACAUGUUUGGCAACAGGCUGAACCCCAACUCGACCAUGGCGGCGCUCAUCGCACAGUCCGAAGCCUCACCGGCAGUCCAUCUCUCCUUUUCUAUCAAUGCACUCUCUCUCUCUUCCCCUACAUUCAGCUCUCCGAUUGGUGGCCUGCAGAUCCGCUAUGACUCUUCUGGGUUGUUGCCGGGGCCGGGGCAGGGGUUGCUAGGGGCGGGAGGAGGUGGGGAGACGUUGCCCCCAGUGGCCACCAGCAUUGAGCAGCUCCUGGAGAGGCAGUGGAACGAAGGGCAGAGCUUCCUGCUGCAGCAGGGAGCGCAAGGAGACGUGGUGAGCAUGUUGAAGUCUCUGCACCAGCUCCAGGAGGAGAACAGGAGGCUGGAGGAGCAGAUAAAAACUCUGACCAUGAAGAAAGAGAGACUGCAGCUUCUCAGCGCACAGCUAUCAGUGCCUUUCACACCUGCCACGGCCUCCUCGGAUGUGAAGGGAGCCCAGCCGGGAGCAGCUGACUCAUCUUUACCUGUGGCGACUCAGGAUAGUGCAUCUUGUGGUGGUCACAGCAGUAGUGGUUCCACCUCCUCCCUCUCCACACCUCCCUCGGUGUCCCAGAGUCCACCUCAGCCACAGCUCAAUGGGGUCGCCUCCGUAGGGGCGACCCCGGCUGGGUUGGGCGGCGUGGCGGGGCUAAUGGGGGCUCUGGGCGCAGGGAGUGCGCUGGGCAUGGGUGGAAUCGUCGGGGCUCUGAACGGCGUGAUCCAGACGCCGGCCGGCACCUCCAGCCCUCACACACACACUACAGGAGCAGCUACAGGCGUCACUUUGCCCGUCAAUAACAACAGCUCAGCAACUAGUAAGACCAGCGCGGCGCGAAUCGGCCUGCUGUCUGAGCAGCAGAGAUUGCUCCUGCAGCAGCAUCAGCUCCACCAGCUGCUGUCCUCACAGCCUUCAGUGGAGCAGCAGCAGGUGUUGCUCUACCAACUGAUGCAGCAGCAGGACCUCCAGCAGCUGCAGUCCCUCUCCUCCUCUGCCCAGAUUCCCUCCAUCCCACUCUCUUCCGCUCAGCUGCCCAUCAACAACUUGCUGCCCGGCGCCCAGAGCCAGGGCCAAGGCACCAUCACCGCCAACCCCUUCCUGGCGCUGCAGCACGCACACGCCGACACGCAUGGCUCAGGGGCGCAGAAGCCUCGGCUAGCCGAAAAAGCCGUGGGCGUCGGAGGGCAAGAGAAGACGUGA